AUGAAGCACCUUGUAAUGGUCGGUGCUUGCUAUCUCGACACGAUUCUGAGCCUGCAAUCAACUUUCAGCGUCCCCCAUUAUCCCGAGGAAGACGCCAAACUACGCGCCACAAAGCUCAAGGUGCGACGAGGAGGAAAUGGCGGCAACUCACUUGAAGUGCUGCAACAGUUCAUCCCGCUGUCAUCGCCACCAGAUCUCGCACUACAUCUCGUCGCAACGCUUCCAGACCGCCACGCGGCAGCCACCGCACAAGUGGUGUCAUCGUUUGGGCCAAAUUCGCCCGUCGAUUUGAGCCACUGUCUUUAUCGAGACGACCAGAUAGAUGCGGCCAGCACUUGGAUAAUAUCUAGCCAGGCGACGGGUACUCGGACUAUUGUGAAUCACAGCAGUCUGGACGAAAUGACAACUGACGAGUUCGUCAAGAUCGUGGAAGCGUUCCACGGUGAAGAUGAGGCAAAUAUGUGGUGGCACUUCGAGGGUCGGAUCCCAGAAACGACUCUCCAGUGCAUCCAACACCUGCGCCUCUCUCAUCCACGGUCUCGGAUAAGCGUCGAGGUCGAGAAGCCCGCAAGAGAAGGCUUGCGUGAGCUGGCCGCAGAGGCUGACGUUGUUUUUUACUCGAAAAGUUGGGCUGAGGGCGAGGGAUACGCAAGCGCUGAGGCAUGCCUGACAGCCGAAAGUGUGCGGACACCUAAGGCGGAGAAAGGUCACUCCUCUGUUGUACAUGGGGCGCCAAAGGGGCCACCGCCCUCUCACUCCAGACGCUUCGAGUCUUCAACGUCACGCCAGAGCCCCGUGUGA